UUAUUUAUGUGGUGCAGUGAGGGAGAGAGAGGGACUGAAAAAAGAAAGAGGUUCUUUUUUUGAGCUCUCUUGAGUGUAUUAAUGGAGUCUUGAUGAUACAAGUGUGUUUAAAAAAAGGUUCUUUAAACUGUGUAUCCAUUUAACGUGAAACCCUUUUUCUGUUUCUUUCUUUUGACAGUCUUGCUUGUUGCGUGGGACUGUUUUUUUUUUUUUUUUUGCAAGAUUUAGGGAUCUGGGUUUCGGGGUUCUAGGGUUUGACUCUCUCUUUCUUGCUUUCCUGGGUUUCUUCUAAAUUUGUUUCUUUCUUGUACUCUUUACUGAAAUGGGGUUUCUGACUUUAGUGAAACGAGUCAUUUCAAUUAUGAGCUCUGGUUUUUGACCUGCAAUUUGUUGAAGCCUACAUCUUUGUAUAGAUUCUGUUUAUAGUUUUGGGUUCUUUAUAAAAAAGUUGGAUUCUUUGAAACAAAUCUUGAUCUGGUUAGGGUUUUCAAGCUGACCCUUCUUUUUUUGUGAAUUCUGAGUUUUUCUUAGAUGAGCUGAACCCAAACUGUUUUUGUUGAAUCUCGAGCUAGAUUUGCUUUCUUGGCUUUGUCUCAGUUGAUUGUGAAGUUACAAGAUUUGAUGCAUCUUUCACUGUGGAAACCUAUAUCUCACUGUGCUGCUCUGCUGUUGGACAAGAAGAGCAGAAGGAAAGAUGGGUCUGAAUCCAGUCUUGAAAUCAAGAGGAACUCAUCAAUUCUUCGAAAACUUCAAGAACACAAGCUCAGGGAGGCACUUGAAGAAGCAUCUGAAGAUGGGUCACUCGUUAAAUCUCAAGAUAUGGAGUCUGACACUCUUGCAAACCAAGAUGAGAGUCUUGGGAGGUCAAGAUCACUAGCAAGGCUCCAUGCGCAGCGAGAAUUCUUGCGUGCCACAGCGCUAGCUGCUGAACGAAUAUUUGAGAAUGAAGAUUCUAUACCUGACCUUCUUGAGGCAUUUUCCAAGUUCCUCACGAUGUAUCCAAAGUAUCAGUCGUCAGAGAAGGUUGAUCAGUUAAGGUCAGAUGAAUAUGCACAUUUGUCUCCAAAGGUAUGCCUUGAUUACUGUGGAUUUGGGCUUUUUUCAUAUCUUCAGUCUUUGCAUUAUUGGGAGUCUUCAACAUUUAGCUUAUCGGAGAUAACUGCCAAUUUGAGUAACCAUGCUCUGUAUGGUGGUGCUGAGAAGGGCACUGUGGAACAUGAUAUAAAGACUAGAAUAAUGGAUUAUUUGAAUAUCCCUGAGCAUGAGUAUGGUCUUGUUUUCACUGUGAGUAGAGGCUCGGCCUUUAAAUUACUUGCUGAAUCGUACCCUUUUCAUACCAAUAAGAAGCUGUUGACCAUGUUUGAUUACGAGAGCCAGUCUGUGAAUUGGAUGGCUCAAAGUGCCAAAGAGAAGGGCGCAAAAGUCUAUAGUGCAUGGUUUAAAUGGCCAACUCUUAAACUUUGUUCCACUGAUUUGAGAAAGCAAAUUUUGAACAAGAAGAGGAGGAAGAAGGAUUCUGCAGUUGGUUUGUUUGUAUUUCCAGUGCAGUCAAGAGUUACUGGGGCAAAGUAUUCGUACCAGUGGAUGGCGCUGGCUCAACAGAACCGUUGGCACGUAUUGCUUGAUGCUGGUUCAUUGGGUCCUAAAGAUAUGGAUUCACUUGGUUUGUCCUUGUUCCGUCCUGACUUCAUUAUCACAUCAUUUUACAAAGUAUUCGGACAUGACCCCACUGGUUUUGGAUGUCUUCUUAUCAAGAAAUCAGUGAUGGGAAGCCUCCAAAAUCAGUCUGGGAGUACAGGGUCUGGAAUGGUAAAGAUUACACCUGAGUAUCCUAUGUAUUUGAGUGAUUCUGUGGAUGGGCUGGAUGGGUUGGUUGGUGUUGAAGAUGAUGAGGUUGCUGGGAAUGCUGAAAAAACCACAGAAAUUCGCCCAGGAUCACAGUUGCCUGCCUUUUCUGGUGCUUUCACAUCUGCUCAGGUGAGGGAUGUAUUCGAGACUGAGAUGGAUCAUGAGAACAGUUCUGACAGAGAUGGAACAAGCACUAUAUUUGAAGAAACUGAAAGUAUUUCAGUGGGGGAAGUGAUGAAAAGCCCUGUCUUUAGUGAAGAUGAAUCGUCAGACAACUCAUUCUGGAUUGAUUUGGGUCAGAGUCCCUUGGGAUCAGACAAUGCUGGCCAAUUGAACAAGCAGAAACUGGCCUCUCCGUUACCACCUUUCUGGUUUUCUGGCAAGAAGAACAACAAGCGACUCUCUCCAAAACCAACAUCUAAGAUAUAUGGCAGCCCAAUGUAUGAUGACAAAGGGGUAAACUUGGGGUCACAUGAUGACCACCAUAUGUUGUCAUUUGAUGCUGCUGUUCUAUCAGUUUCACAGGAACUGGACCGUGUUAAGGAGGUUCCUGAAGAAGAACAAUUUUCAGAAACAGACCUCUCUUCAAGAAAUAAUAAGGGCUCAGAUGAUUUGCAUGUUCAUGAGAUUGAGGAAGAACCGGGAACGAGCUCCUUUUCAAACUCCGCCAUAAACAGAUCCCAUAACAAUAAUUCAACCUCUGGAUCGCAUCAUAACCUAACAAAUGGCUCAACUGCUGCAAUUUGCUCGGAGAUGAAAGAAAGUGCUAUAAGACGAGAAACAGAAGGUGAAUUCAGGUUGUUGGGGAGAAGGGAAGGGAGUAGAUAUGCUGGUAGUAGAUUCUUCGGGUUGGAAGAGAAUGAACAUCCAAGCAGGGAAAGACGGGUAUCAUUUAGCAUGGAGGACAACCGCAAAGAGCGUCCAAGCCAUACUCUGGAGCCUGGAGAGAUAUCUGCUACCAGCCUCGAUGAUGAAGAUUACAGCACUGAUGGAGAAUAUGUUGAUGGUCAAGAUUGGGAUCGAAGGGAACCUGAGAUAACUUGCCGACAUUUGGAUCAUGUGAAUAUGUUGGGUCUGAACAAAACUACUCUCCGGCUGAGAUUUUUGAUCAACUGGCUAGUAACUUCUUUACUUCAACUCAGGCUACCCAGUUCAGAUGGAGAUGGAAGGGUAAAUCUUGUACACAUUUAUGGCCCAAAAAUAAAAUAUGAAAGGGGUGCAGCUGUAGCUUUCAACGUCAGAGAUAGAAACCGGGGGCUAAUAAAUCCAGAAGUUGUUCAGAAGCUGGCUGAAAGAGAAGGUAUCUCUCUUGGCAUUGGUUUCCUUAGUCACAUAAGGAUUCUAGAUAGCCCAAGACAGCAACGUGGUUCUGUGAACCUUGAAGAUACGACUCUGUGCAGACCAAUGGAAAAUGGGCAUAAUAACGGAAAAGGUGGGUUCAUAAGGGUUGAGGUUGUCACAGCAUCUCUUGGAUUUCUGACCAACUUUGAGGAUGUCUACAAGUUGUGGGCUUUUGUUUCCAAGUUUCUUAAUCCAACCUUUAUCAGCGAGGGUGGCCUUCCAACUGUUGAAGAGGGCACGGAGGUUUGAUUUCCAGGACAUCUAUCAAUUGGGGUGCAAAAUCUGAGAGUCAGAGCCGAAGAUUGGGAGGUGUUAAAUCUGUGUGGCCAGAUCCUUUUGCUCUUCCUCGUGACUCUUUGAUGCAACGGGUGAAUUUGUUAAUUCUUGUUUGUUUGAUUUUUCCCUUUUGGGUUUUUUGUAGAGGUGGCUUUAGAAUCUGUAUCAACUCGGGGAGUUAUGUUGACCUCAAAACAGAAUUAUAUGGAUAUAACUUUCAGCACCAAAAA